AUGGCAAUGUACAGGCACAUUCAACUGCUCCUUGCCGCUGCCCUAGCAGUGGGCUGCUUGUCGUCGUCAACAACUCCCCACAAUGGACGCCGUCUGGGACCUCGCCAAACUGAUGAUCUCCCCAUUAUCUACCAGAAUGCCUCAUUCCCUGUUGACGAGCGGGUGGAAGACCUCCUCAAGCGGAUGACUCUGGAGGAGAAAGCCGGUCAACUAUUCCAUACGCAACUUAACAUGCCUGCCAACUAUACGUUCGUGCAAGGUAGCGCAUCCGAUAUCCUGAUCACCCAAAAUUUAAUAUCUCAUUUUAAUCUGGUUGGCAAUAUUCUGAAUGCCUCAAAAGUGGCCGAGUACGUGAAUGAGGCUCAGCGACGGGCCAUCAGCGGGCGCCUUGGCAUACCGAUCACGCUGUCCUCCGAUCCGCGCCACUCAUUCACAGACAACAUUGGGACUGGGUUCGAAGCCGGGACAUUCUCGCAGUGGCCUGAGAGCUUGGGUCUUGCCGCCAUUAGAGAUGUGGACUUGGUCAGGAAGUUCGCUGAGACAGCUCGCGAAGAGUACUUGGCUGUGGGCCUACGGUCGGCGUUACAUCCUCAGGUUGACCUAUCGACGGAGCCACGAUGGGCGCGCAUUGGCGGCACUUGGGGAGAGGAUGCAGCACUUACGAGUGAGCUCCUUGUAGAGUAUAUCAAAGGCUUCCAAGGAGACGAGUUUGGUUCUCGCUCUGUAACCACUGUUACGAAACAUUUUCCUGGUGGCGGUCCAAUGGAGAAUGGCGAGGACUCUCAUUUCACGUAUGGAAAGAAUCAGACAUACCCUGGAGACAAUUUCGAACACCACCUCAUACCUUUCAAAGCCGCUAUUGCUGCCGGAGCCAGGCAGAUGAUGCCGUACUACUCGAGGCCGAUCGGCACUCAGUAUGAUCCAGUUGGGUUUUCCUUCAACCGGCAAAUCGUCACCGGUCUCCUUCGGGAAGAGCUUGGAUUUGGCGGUAUCGUUGUAACAGAUUGGGGGUUAAUCACCGAUACCAAUAUUCUGGGCCAAGAUAUGCCUGCACGAGCUUGGGGCCUGGAGAACACCACCGAGAUCGAACGUGUCGUGAGGAUCCUGGACGCAGGAUGUGACCAGUUCGGGGGCGAGAACCGAACAGAGUUGAUCGUGCAGGCUGUUGAAAAAGGACUCGUUUUGGAAGAGCGUCUUGACAAUUCUAUUCGUCGCCUAUUGCGGGAGAAGUUCGUUCUCGGGCUCUUCGAGAAUCCGUAUGUUGAUCCUGCGGCGGCUCAACGUAUUGUCGGAAACGCAGACUUUGUCCAGCUAGGAAACGAUGCCCAGCGCCGAGCAUAUACCCUGCUCACAAACCGGGACAACAUCCUCCCGAUCAAAGACGCCGCCAAAGCGAGCUUCUACAUCGAGGGCUUUAACUCAACGUACCUAGAAGCCAGGAACCUCACUGUUGUAUCGACCCCUGAAGAAGCCGACUAUGCUUUGUUGAGAUACAAUGCGCCCUUCGAGCCUCGGCCUGGAGGAUUUGAGGCCAGAUACCACGCCGGCUCCCUAGCAUUCAACUUGACAGAGCAGGAACGACAGGCAGCCAUUUAUUCGGCCGUGCCCAGCAUCGUAGAUGUGAAGCUAGAUCGUCCAGCUGUGAUCCCCGAGAUCUCUGAGCAAGCAGCCGCCCUCCUUGGUAGUUAUGGCAGUGGUCCAGAAGCAUUUUUGGAUGUUGUGUUUGGCAACAGCCGUCCGGAAGGAAAGCUUCCAUUCGACCUUCCCAGGUCAAUGGAGGCAGUUGAGAAGAAUUUCGAAGAUGUUCCCUUCGACACUGAAGACCCAGUUUUCAAAUUCGGACAUGGACUGGAAUACUAA